AGUUGAUAAGUGGGUAUUUUGUAGAUCUAGCCUAGAGUUGUUUGAUGCGUUGUUUCUGCAAAGGGUAGCUACCUCCAUCCUUUAUCCAACGUAUGAAUACAAAAGUACAGAGUUUUGCCAAAAUAUUCUGCACAAGAGAAGACCCUAAAGCCUAACCAUGGGGGACCCAACUUCUCGAAGAAAUCAAACAAGAAAUCGACUACGAGCUCAACUUCGGAAGAAAAGGGAAUCUUUGGCUGAUCAGUUUGACUUCAAGAUUUAUAUAGCCUUCGUUUUCAAAGAAAAGAAAAAGAAGUCUGCCCUUUUUGAGGUAGCUGAAGUGGUGCCGGUGAUGACCAACAACUAUGAAGAAAACAUCAUACGAGGUGUGCGAGAUUCCAGCUACUCUCUCGAUAGUUCAAUAGAACUCCUGCAAAAAGAUGUUGUGCAACUGCACGCCCCCCGAUACCAGUCAAUGCGAAGGGAUGUGAUAGGCUGCACACAGGAGAUGGACUUCAUCCUUUGGCCACGCAACGAUAUUGAGAAGAUUGUCUGUCUACUGUUCUCCAGAUGGAAGGGGGCCGAUGAUGAACCCUUUCGGCCUGUUCAGGCCAAGUUCGAGUUUCAUCAUGGAGACUACGAGAAGCAGUUCUUGCAUGCUUUGGGUCGUAAAGACAAGGCUGGAAUGGUCAUGAACAACCCAACACAGUCUGUAUUUCUCUUCAUGGAUAGACAGCACUUCCAGACUACUAAAACCAAGGCCACAGUGUUCAAGUUGUGCAGCCUCUGCCUAUACUUGCCUCAGGACCAGCUGACCUGCUGGGGUGUGGGAGACAUCGAGGAUCACCUCCGCCCAUACAUGCCUGAUUAAGGCUUCCAGCCACACAGGAAAACAAACCUUCCCCUCCUUCCUGCCUCAGCCUUCAGAAGCAAAUUGAUGUACUCAUCUCUAUUCAUUUCCUUUUUUUAAAGAUUUGAACUUGUGCUUGGAUCUCUCCUGUUUUUGUUACCUCCUCGUUCUCCCCUCCCUGAGCUGAUUCAGUUCCCAUCCUUGUCUUUUUUUCCUCAUACUCCCAAUGUUCCUCCUCUUCUCUCUGCCAUUUUUGGAUUGGUUCCCCCAUUUUUUCCGUUUUACUCCCUCUUCAUUCCCCCUUACUCACUCAUACAUUUUUGUUCAUUUGAACCCGCACGAACAUUGAUUUUGAGUGGUUGGUUGUUCUCUUGGAGCCGCACUAUCAACAGCACCGGUCAUUGAAGGAACUCUUUAUGUUGCAUCAAAACAAGAACAAACAAUACACAGGUCUUCACGGCGGUUCUCAGAUGGACGUGUUUAAUAUCCUUGUUGUCUUAAAGGAUUGUUAAAGCUUGUUUGUAAUGUCAACGGGGUUUCUAGAACAACUUUACAAAAUCGUUUGACCAAGGAUAGGUGUGAAUAGGUGUUUAAACGCCUGUCUAAGCAAGGAAAACAAGAUGAACAAUAUGUCAAAUCAUAUGGUGUAGGUAUUGCUUCUUAAAAAACGCCUUAGUUAUUUUUCUUUGCUGGACUUUAAAACAAAUGUUUUGGUGUAAUUUGCUUUCGCCUAAGACAUGCUAGGCAGGUCGUUGCUAAAUCCUUGAGGGGCUUGAAAGGAAUUGUGCACAAAGUUGAGCCGUGUUGGUUCGCUGUUGGAGGUCAUUGUCACCGUUCAAGCACCAUUCAUUUAAGCUUCUGAAAUCUGUUUAGUUUUUUGGGGGAUGUGGGGUGGUGAAAAACUGAAAUGGUGACAUACUUAAUGUUUAACUUGCCUAACAAAGUUGCUGAAAUUAACUGAUUUUUGUUUAAUUUGACCUAAAAUGAAUAAUUUGCUGCCAUGCUCAUCAAAUUAAAAUUAAGCUUGCUUGUCAAAGAAUAUGAAGUAUGUAUAAUUUUGCUCCUUGUUGAUUCAGUGUGUUCAGUUAAAAGGGUUUUAGGUGUGUAACUUCUGGGGUUUUCUGUUGAUUCUCAAAUCAAUACGGCUGAGCAUAUCCCAAUACAAUGCAAAUUCUGAAAGCAUAA